AUGCAUCAUCUGCAACGAAAGGCCAAGGCCAAGUUUGCAAGCCUGAAUGAGCGGGAGGAAGGCGAGCUGUCGAUGGCCGAUGGCAGCAAGGCUGCAAUCAAGGGUGUGGGAACCAUCAUGGAAUUGGUGAUCCUGCCCGAUGGUGAAGAGCGCACCAUCGAAAUUAAGGACGCGCUGUUUGUGCCGAGCAUGAGCAAGAAUAUGCUGUCGGUGCCGCAGAUCAACAAGGGUGGCAAGUUUCAAGUCGAAUUCGACGGUCAAAAGAUGCAUGUGGCCACGCAUAAGCCCGAGGCAAUGUCGUGGAUACAGCGGUAUUGA